AGGUGACUUGGUGGUCCAAUAUGAAGAUCAAGACUUUGAUAAUGAGCUCUGCAACUUGAUGAGCUUGUCUGAUCUUCCUGAGGGGAGGGCAACACUGAAGGUAACUGUCAAGCAGGCUCCUGAGUCAUAUCACACUGAUUCAACGUUGGAUACGGCAAGUUUGUCAUCAUCCCCAUCGUCUUCCCGUGACGACAUUUUCACUCGCCAUCGGCCUUGGCCUGACCCUUUUGAGAUUCCAAGAUUUUCAUAUGAUGUAGAGUUGCAGCUUAAAAGAGGUAAUGAAGCCUAUGAGGAGAACGGAACCUUGCUUAAUAUAAGGAAAGACACUAAAUCUGAGAUACUUGACAAACUGGCAGAAGCAAUGUAUGCAUACACUGCCUACCCAUCACGAGAAGAAUAUGACAUUGUUGCACAAAGUCUCAUCAGGAAACAUCCUUGCCUGAGAGAACCUGGGUCUGCCAAAGGUUGGUACUGCUGGAAAUUCAGUUUAAAAUUCAAAAUGGGAAACUACAGGAACAAGCUCCGUGUGGCUGGAUGCUCUCAACUCUAAGUUAAUCGCCGCUCCUCAGGACCAAAACAGAAGCUCAAGAAAGCUAAAAAAGCCGAAGUCAAUUUUCUUCCUGACUUCCCUGAAGGAAGAACUCAAAAUGUUAUGGAAGAUGAGAGAUUAGCCAUUAUUGAAGCGAUGAAGAAGAAGAAAGCUGAUAUGAAGAAAGUCAAUGAAAUGAUGGUUGGCACCUUUUCCCUGAGACGAAAGUAUAUUGUGGAACAACAACCACCUGUGGCAGAGGUGAAGACCAAGUGGCCAGCUUUGUUCACAGAGAUACAGAUUGAAGCUGAAUUCAUUCGAAUCACUUCAGCUGAUCUGAGAGGGUCACUUUUUUCUGGGCUGGAGCAGCAUUUGCCUCGAGUACUGGAACUCUACAGAGCCAGGAUUGGCAGCUGUCCAGAGCUGAAAAAGGUCCUUAGCAUGCUUGAUGAUGAUAAUUCCAACCAAAUGAAAAGGGCUGUCAUUCUAAGGGGCCUGCCAUAUUUCCUCUGUGAAGAUCCUUCAAAGUUCCUCAGGUCUACAGAGGCUACAGAAACAGAGGACAGCAUGGCGAGGGACAUGAAUGUCGGCAUCCUUCUGGUGAAAGAAGGAGAGGAGCUUCUUGACGUCUCAGUGGUGUUGGAGGAUCAGAUCAUUCUGCAUGGCAUCAAGGACUACUCGCAUGCGGUAGCUAUGCUAAUGGGUCUGCUAUAUGCACUGAACAUUGACUACCCAAAGGAGCUGCAACAUACCUUCGAAGUCAUUCAGAAGGUACUCAUGAAUAUCGGUGGUGAGCACUGCUCUGCAAGGGUUCACGGACUAAGGAAUAGACUUCUUCGUAAAACUGUGUAGGCACUACACUGAGACAGUAGCUAUUUGAAAGCUGCCAUUGAUGCAUUGGUUGGGCAUUAUCCUACUUUUUUCUAUUUCUCUGUUCUGUUCCACUGUUACAGUUUAACCGUUCGUUGCACUUAUGCCGCAUUCUCAGUUGAGCAAAUUAAAGAGCAGUUCUGCAAAGUUGUUAGUUGUCAGUUAAAACCGUUUUCCUACAAGCCUAGGGGUUUGAGGUCUUUGCUACCAGACCUAUAUAUAGAAUCUGAUUUGUGUCAGUAUAAUCAGGCAAAGCUUCUUAUGAACAUAUAUAAGAAUAUGA